CACAAAUUUCGCCACACUCACAAUGGAUCUCUCGGAGAGAGGCUGCAGUUUUCAGUCUUCCUCUGUCACAAUCCAGGAUACAGCCCAACAGUCAGCUGUUAACUGCUACCUCUUUUCACUUCAGACUUUAAGCAGCACAUGUGAGUAGUCUCUUUGUUUCAUUACUGUUUAUGCCAAGGGAACUGUAAUUCAGAAAUUACUGGAAAAUCAGUGUUAUGUCUGCUUAGGCAAAAUUUGACUCUCACGACACACUCUCAAAACAACAAUUUCUUACAAAAUGAUUCAAACUUUGCAGAAAGGGACUCUAUAAAGAUUCUGAUAAAUCAGAUGCCAUUGAACAUCCUAGUGGCAAGCUCUGUCAACAUGAAAGUACUCUAACAGCAUUUCAUGGGGCUGCAAAGAAAGACAAACGGUGACGCUUCAAAUAGUACCCCAGUUGCCAGCAAAAAGGAGGUGCAACACAUCUUAACGGGGGGAGAUCCCAAUGAGAUGUAUAAGAUCACACACACAGGAGACGAGAGUGACCCCUUGGAAGGUUCCACGGACUCUUCCACAGAGGCUGACAACUCAUUGCAGGACUGCGGGGAGAGUGUGUCAGUUCGAGCCUGUGGAACUGUAAAGGGACAGGAUGAGGGGCAGUCUGUACGGCAGGCUGAUGGAGAUUCUCCUUCACCCUCCCCCAUCUGCAAUCAUGAAGAGGAAGUGCUGACAGACAGUUGGAGAGGACACAGGAAGCAUGUGUUCAUCUUGAGUGAAGCCGGCAAGCCGAUUUAUUCUCGCUAUGGCAACGAAGAAGCACUUUCGACCACAAUGGGUGUCAUGAUGGCAUUGGUUUCCUUUGUCCAGAGUGGAGAUGACAACAUCCGCUCCAUCCACUCAGAUGACCACACAGUUGUUUUCAUGCAGCAGGGCCCUUUGGUGCUUGUCCUGGUGUCCAAUAACAAGCAGUCUAAACAACAGCUGCACAGUGAGCUCCUUUACGUCUACUACCAGAUAGUCAGCAUGCUUACUCAGGCGAGCAUAAACCGUAUUUUUGAGCAGAAGAAGAACUACGACCUGCGCCGCCUGUUAGCAGGCUGUGAGACGAUCCUGGAUGGUCUUCUUGACUUCAUGGACACAGACCCCAGCUUCCUGCUGUCUGCAGUUCAGUGUCUGCCCCUGCCACCCUCCCUAAGAAACUCCAUCAGCCAGACCUUACAGAGAGCCAUCACCCCGAACAUGGUUUUCUCCCUCCUCAUUGUCAACGAUCAGCUGCUCACCAUCGUCCAAGAGAGGACGGUUCUCGAAGAUGCCAGGCUGAAGCCGACUGAUCUGCUCCUGAUGCUCAACUUUAUCACCUCCUCCUCAGCGUUCCGUGGCGGUGAGAUCUGGACACCCAUCUGCCUACCACUCUUUAACUCUGACUGUUACUUCUAUGCCUACAUUGCCUAUCUGGAUCCUCCUGAUUGCACAGUGUGCCUACUCCUCAUUUCCACGGACAGGAAUGCCUUCUACGCUAUGGCAGAGUGUAAGAGGAAAAUCGAAGAGAACUUCAGGGCUCAGAAUGUUCUAGAUGUCAUUUCAAAAGCUCAGUCAUAUCACGUCAGUCAUGUCGGCGUGCCAGAUCUGAGGCACUUCAUGUACAUGCCUUUCAACAUUCCAGACAGGCACGAUAAGCUCCCGCAAUUCAGCAGCUCGCUGAUGGAGGAGCCCUACAUGGGUUUGGAGAGGACAAGGCUGCUUGAUCUAUACCGUCACAUGCACUCCCAGAUACACAGCACAACACAGCCGCUGAAAAUAAUCUAUCAUGUUGCACCGAGAGAAGUCUUGUUUGCCUGGGUAGGAGCCUUUGCACUGUUUAUCUAGUAACUGCUUGGAGAGAAAGUGGGCUUUUCUAUGAAAACUUGAAACUAGACUGGAAGAAGAAAAACGUUGUCAAACUCUAUAUGACCACCUGCGUGCAGCAGUGGUCAAAUCAUAAAAUAGUAUAAAGGAUUAUGCAGUAUUUGUAAAAAAAAUAAGUAGUCCAAGGAAGGAGACAAAACAACUGAAUAUUUAAAGUCCAUGUUGUAAUUUUAAUGAAUGUGAAGCCUACAAAAAACAAUGUUUAGAUAGUGAGACUAUCUUUUUGCUUGAAAAUAAUCCAUCUUUUCUUUUUCAGACUACCAACAAAUUUGAGCUGUACACCUGCUUCGGUCCUUUUGUGACAAAGUCCUCUGCUAUCAACUCUGUUACCAAGUUGUUGCGCUGGAUUAAAAAAGCAGAGGAUCAUCUUUUCAUCCUAAAUCCCCCAAAGUACUCCAACGUACCUAGUGGCAGAAUGAACUCCAGUGAUGGCCAGAGUGGCUCAGACAGACAGGAGACUCCAGAUGGAGGCCUCAACCAGUCAACCAUUAAUGCACCUCGGUGUAGCCCUGCUACAACAUCCUGAACUUCAACUUUGAGCAUAGAUAUGAUGAAUUAAUUCAUAAAUGGUUAUAUUACUGAGACUGAGUUGAGCAUUGAGUUUGUCAUUUACUCAAGAUAUGCUGGGUUUUUGAGGUAUACCAAGGUACUAUUGUAAUUCUUUUUUUUGUAUCACUUUAUAUGUGACUCAGAUAGAACAAAAUGGUCCCAGUUUAGACUCAACAAUAGGUCAUUACAUGUAUUUAUGGAUAUCAAGAACAUUGCCUCAUCGAAAAACUGC